CCGCUCAGUAAAUCGGUGUACGAGCGCGCGCACAUCUCAUUCCACGUAUCGUGCCUGCCCAGUCUGCAUUACGACGGCUUAACGGACGGUUCGUUCCUCGGAGUGUACGGUGUGCAAGCUGUGUUAAGCAGUAGAACGGUGCCCUUCCGGAGCAGUAAAAACAAAUCCAAGGUUCAAGUCUCUUCCCAACAGCAUGGCAAACGUUCUGUGGUCCAUCAUCUGGCUAAUCGUGCUGUUAGUGGUCGGCUUCUUCGUGGCGUUCUUUUGCGCCGGCUGGUAUGUGGUCGUCCAUCCGCUCACGGUAUGCGUGCCUGAUAUAGCGGUUGUGUCCGAUUUCCUGCUGAAAGGAGCACAGUUUACGCACUACUGUGUCAAGUGCAUGAUGGAGGGAAAAUCUCUGUUCUAAAGGAUCGUGGCGCGUUUUGGGUUAAUGUUUGGUUCAUACUUGCGUAAAUCGUGCGUGCGUGCCGAGGAUGUAAGGAAGGACGGACGGACGGAGUGCCCGCAUCCGUUGGUUUUAAUUAUCACAAUAGCAGCAUUAAAUAACAUUAUGUUUUGUGUAAGUGUAAAGUGUAUGCGUCGAUGAGCAAUAAAAUGCAUUGUGUUCACGGUUA